AUGAAUCGUCAUAGAGAUGAACUAGGGAGAUUUGUUAGGAGACCCGACACCCCUAGUGACAAUUCUUCUGAUACAUCCAACAUUUCCUCUCCCACCUCAACAAUUGCUCAUAAUCCUUUCGCAAUGGCUCAUCAUGAGGAAAUUCAGCAGAGAAGUCUGAAUGACUAUCUCCAUCCUACUCGUACUCCUACCCCUUCUUGUAUCAUCUUUCCACCUAAUAUGCCCAACUUUGAAUUUAAACCUGGCAUGAUUCAACUCUUGCCAAAUUUCCAUGGUUUAGAAAAUGAAAAUCCGUAUGUGCAUAUUAGGGAAUUUGAGGAGGUGGUAGCCACUUUUUAUAACCAAGCUAAUAUCGUGGAUACUGUGCGAUUGAAGUUUUUUCCCUUCUCUUUGAAGGAUAAGGCUAAAAGCUGGUUAUACUCUCUGAGACCAAGGUCUAUUGGAACAUGGGAUGAAAUGACAUCGUCAUUCUUCCACAAAUACUUCCCUAACCACAAGACCAAUGGCUUAAAAAGACAGAUUUCUACUUUUUCCCAAAAAGACAAUGAAACUCUCUAUCAAGUCUGGGAAAGGUUUAAGGAACUGUUAACUCUUUGUCCCCACCAUGGCUAUGAAAAAUGGCGCCUAGUCAGCUAUUUCUAUGAAGGCCUCACUAUUCGUGAACGCCAGUUUGUAGAAAUGAUGUGCAAUGGUGAAUUCCUUCAAAAAGAUCCUGAAGAAGCCUUGGAAUAUCUCAAUGAGCUUGCAGAAAAAUCUCAUACCUUGACUGGUCCAAGUGCUACUGAAAGCACUAACCGAAAUCGACCAGCAGGAAUUUACCAAUUGAGGGAGGAGGAUAGCCUCAAAGCCCAAGUUGAGUCUUUAACAAAGCAACUUGAGGCAUUUAAGACAAAAGAGAAAUGCAAUGCCUUAGGGGCCUAUAAUAAACCAUUCUCUCAUACGUACAACCCUGGUUGGAGAAACCACCCAAAUUUCAACUGGAGAGAUCCCAACCAAGCACAAUAUUCUGGAGGGCAAUGGAGAAAUGAGCACCAGUCUCAACCAUCAAAAGCUCAACCUGCUCCUCAAUACAAUGCUCCUCCUCAAAGGAUUUCUCUUGAGAACACCCUUCAUUCAUUCAUGGAGGAGCAAGCCAAAAUAAAUCGUCAAAUGAUGGAAGAAAUCAAGGACAUGAAAAGUCAAUUUUCAAAACUGACUGGAUCCUUGGUUAAUUCUGAAAGAGGCAAACUUCCUUCUCAGCCUCAAUUCAAUACACAAGGGCAACAUAUGGCUCAAACCUCCAACUCUAAUGAUCAAAAUGUUAAGGAGGCUAAUGCCAUCACAACUAGAAGUGGUAAAGCUUUGGAAGAUCCACCAAUACCAAAUACUACUUCAAAAUUUCCAAAUGUUGUCUCUGAAAGUGUGCCAUCCAAUGCUUCUGCAAAAGUUCCAUUUCCCCAGGCUCUAAGACCUGCUGGGAAAAUUCCUGAGAAUCGAGGAGAAAUCCUUGAGCACUUUACACAAGUGAAGAUAAAUCUUCCUUUGCUUCACAUCAUCAAACAAGUGCCAGCCUACGCUAAAAUCAUCAAGGAUCUUUGCACUGUAAAAAGGAAGCAUCAUGUCAAGAAGACUGCUUUCUUGACUGAGCAACUUAGUGCGGUAAUUGAACAAAAGACACCGCCAAAAUACAAAGAUCCUGGUUGUUCCACCAUUUCCUGUCAAAUUGGGACUCAUGAAUUCAGCCAAGCCUUGCUAGACUUAGGAGCGAGUGUCAAUCUCAUGCCUUAUUCUGUCUACUCGCAACUUGGUCUUGGUGAAAUCAAGCCUACUUCUGUAGUCUUACAGCUGGCUGAUCGUUCUAUUAAGAAGCCUCGGGGUAUUGUUGAGGAUGUUCUUGUUCAAGUUGAUAAAUUCUAUUACCCCGUUGACUUUCUCAUUCUGGAUACUUAA